AUGAAUCGGUUGGGAGGAAUCAUGGGGAAAGGACUCAGGUACCUCACUCAAACGGAAGCCAUCAAAGUGGAUCAAGAGCUGUUCAACGAAUAUCGCUUCAGCGUGGAUCAACUGAUGGAACUGGCGGGUCUGAGUUGUGCGUCCGCCAUCCGUUCCGCGUUCCCCGAAGCGACUCGAGUCCUGGUGCUGUGCGGGCCGGGGAACAACGGCGGAGACGGACUCGUCUGCGCCCGACACCUCGGCCUCUUCGGUUAUUCCCCGUCCGUGCUGUACCCGAAGCAGCCCGACAAGCCUCUGUUCGCGAAUCUGGUCCAUCAGUGCCGGGAGAUGGGAAUCCCGUUCGUCCCCGUGGACGCGGUGAUCCCGGGCGAGUACCAGCUCCUCGUGGAUGCUCUGUUCGGCUUCAGCUUCAAGCCCCCCAUCCGGGCUCCGUUCGGGAGUCUCAUCGACGCCAUGGCGGCCUCGUCGGUCCCCGUCGCGUCCGUGGACGUCCCGUCCGGGUGGGACGUGGAAAAGGGGCCGCCGGAAGGAGUCUCCGUCCGACCGAAGCUCCUCGUUUCUCUCACCGCUCCCAAGAAGUGCGCCGAAUUUUUCGACGGUCCGUUUCACUUCCUCGGCGGACGGUUCGUGCCCCAGAAGUUGGCAGAGAAGUAUUCCUUGGAUCUGCCCGAAUAUCCUGGCUCCGAUCAGUGCGUGAGAAUCUGA